AUGUUUUUAAAACGUUACAAAGAUAUUAUAAUAGCGAAGUUUCAAAGUACUCGGGAGAACAAUCGUGAAGUGAAUCGAAUCAAUAAUUUACUUCGAACAAAUCAAUUUGCCAAAGAAAUCGUAGGAAAUAGUCGAAGAUUAUGUCAUGUAUAUGAUAAUUCUGAGUGGCAUUCAAUUGUCCUCGAAACAUUGGAUUUAGAUCUAAUCUAUCAAAAUGUUGAUAAGACAUUUAAGAAUAGAGGAGAUAAUGAUGAUGAAUACUCUGAUUACCUAGUGAAAGAACUAUUGCGAUAUUUCAAACGAGAUUUUUUCAAAUGGUGCAACAAGCCAGAAUGUAAGAGGUGUGGGACUGAUGAAUUCCAGAACUUGACGGGCAUUCAACGUGCUAACAAUGAGGAAUCAAAAUUUGAUUGUGGAUCGGUCGAAGUUUAUAGAUGUAGCCAUUGUAACCAAGAAUGGCGUUAUCCAAGAUAUAAUGAUCCAAUAAAGCUUUUAGAGACCAGGACAGGUAGAUGUGGUGAGUGGUGUAAUUUAUUUACAUUAAUUUUGAAAUCAUUUGGGUUAAAAGCUCGGUAUGUCAGUAAUAAGGAAGAUCACGUAUGGUGUGAAUACUAUUCUCCGCAUUUAAAGAGAUGGGUCCAUGUUGACUCAUGCGAACAAUCAUUUGACCAGCCUUACAUAUAUUCAAAGAACUGGAAUAAGAGUAUGAGUUAUUGUAUUGCUUACGACAAAGACGGUGUCACUGAUGUUAGUAAGAGAUAUAUUUUACAAAAUCAAUUGCCCAGGAACUUGAUAGAUGAAAAUGACUUACAGCUAGUAUGUUCAUUUCUGACAAGGGAAUUGAGAAAAAAUUUGGACAGAGAUGAUAUAUACAAGUUGUGGUGUCGAGACGAGCAAGAACGGUUGGAGUGGACGCCACAAGCGACGCAUAAAACUGAGACCAUUACCCCGGCUGACAAUGAACACAAAGGUAGAAUAAGUGGAUCAGCAGAAUGGAAGGCACAGAGACGUGAAGAUGGAUCAUGA